CAUUGAGAUAGCAGAUCAACCCUGUUCCGUUAUUUCGCUGUACUAGCUUCUGUUGGACACAGUACAGCUUGAGCAAUGCUGCUAUUUUGCCCCAACUGCUGCAAUGUUCUCACAGUCUCGCCAGUUCCGCCCUUAGCUGGCAACUCGGACGACGAUCCAUCUGCUGCCGCCGUAGGCCAAAACCGACUCGAGUGCAGGACAUGCCCAUACCAGUACCUCCUCACGAAGCGAUACUUUGAGCGCAAGACCUUCACCCGCGCCGAGCGCGAGGAUGUGUUCGGUGGGCCAGGCGCGUGGGACGAUGCACAGAAGGCCGAAGUACAGUGUCCUAGGGAAGGCUGCGAUUCCAACGAAGCUGCUUUCUUCCAGGUCCAGAUCAGAAGUGCGGACGAGCCUAUGACGAGCUUUUACAAGUGCAUGACCUGCAAUAACAGAUGGAGAGAGAAUUAAAAUAUCGAUAUCAACAUCGAUACACGAUACUUACACUUGGUACACGAUAACUGAAGCGGCGUCAAGACGUCAAGGAUGGCAGAGAUACCCUCAGAGCAUAAGGAGUUGGGAAGCCGUUCUGAAUUAGCAAGGCGUCGAUUGGAAUUAAUUGAACACAACACCGGGAUGGCAUGGCUUGAUAUUCUGCCCAGAGUAUUUGAGAGUUCAUAUCAACAGUCGGUGAGAGUUGGUGCCAAUAAGUCGUAAAUUUCUUGGGGGCAUGGCGGUGACACCCCAAGAAAAAACCAAAGCCGAAUAGCAAGCCACGUCAUAUCCGGCGCUCCCGUGACAUAGGCAAAUUCUCGGCAACCAAAUCGACAACAAAUUGCAAUAGCAACUACAUGUCCAGUAGAUAGAUGAGAGUCAUCAUAAAUGAAUAUAAACGUUAAAUCUGAU